CACUGAAUGAGCAGCUCUCAAUGAUGGUGGUGCACUGUAGGCCAUUGUUGAUGCCUUGGGUCUAGAAACGACUGCCCGUCAGAAUGGCGGCGCUUGCUAACCCCAAAGUCCACUGAGACUUUAACGUACGAGACAAGCAUCAUUGACGUUGAGACUUCCAAAAUCUGUCUGUCGCGGGUGAAGGUUGAUGUAGGCGCUGGCCAAUGCUGGCGCUGGCGUCGGCGACGGAGGAGCGGAUGCUGGUGUUAGCAACAUGGCGGCGGCUUGAGGAAGCAAGCUCGUCGAUGUCGCUUGGCAAGGGAGACGACGAGAUUAACUUAUCAAGAAGAGAGAGGGGAAGGCAAGCAAUGGCAACCCGCCAGCCUUGUGAGUAUCAACACUACACACACAGGCCAUGUCCUGGACUCCUUGGCGCGCCGCCACGCGGUUACAACGCCCGAUUUCAUCUUUGUGUCCUAGCCUGGUACCAUCGCGUAGUCUCGAACCCUUUGAUACCCGCUUUGAUACUGCAGCGACAAGGGUCAGGACGCCCAAUGACUUUCUUGGCCAAGCGAGUUUAUUGCACAUGGUGGCGCUGUGAUCGAGAGCUGAUAGGCGUGCCAUAUCUGGGGCUGAGGCGUGCACCCACCAGCAGGCGGGGAUGCGGCAGGGUUUGGCGAGUCGGGUCAUCUUCAUCCCCGUGAAUAUGAAGUCGGCGGGUGCCGCCCCUUCGUUUAGGCCCCGCUCCAACGGAACCACGGUGUUUAGUUAUAACUUUAAGUUGAGAACCGGAAUCAAGGAGAUAUUGAGAUGUCCCGAAACGCCAUGUCUUCGCUUAGAAGCACCAUCAGGAAGUCAGUAACUGAGGCCAUUUUCGCCAUAAGUUUAUUUUCCCUCAGAAAACAAGCAGCUGGCG